AUGGCAAAAACCAAAACUCGACCUCGACAACCACCCACUCCCGUCGUCACUCCUCCGGAAAAAAAGUAUAGUAGUAGUCGACCGGUGAAACCGAAAUUUGAGAAACCGGAAAAAAGUUGGUUGCUCAUUUUGAUCGAAGCUUUCAAACACGAUUAUGAGGCUACACUGACGUAUAAAGAAACGGAAUUGUUUGAAUGGAUAGUCAAAACAUAUCCUUAUUACGCCUCUCAGAAUCCAGAAUUUUGGCAUUCGAGUGUCAAUAGGACAUUGAAUAAUUAUGAGUGUUUUCGUAUAGUUGGUCUAAUCUCAGAACCAAGUUCCCCGUUUGAAAACGUAAAAUCCAUUAAAGAAGUAAAAUCCAAGCCACGGCAAUCAUCAAGAAAGACAACAAAAAGACCAGAUCCUGUAAAAACACGCAAACCCUCAAGACAAGCAAAACGCACGAGGUCUUCGAGAAGACUGCAUAAAAAUGACGACGUUGAAUCGGAUGAUCAUAUGUCAUCGGCAUCAUCUUCACCGCCAACGCCACCACCAGAAAAGGGAGAAUCUCAUGAUGAUGAAGAUAUUCAACAUGAAGAGGAGGAAAAAGCAUCAGAUAAUGAUGAAUUGGUUGAAGAAAGUAUCAGAGUGAAAAGUCCGGAAGAAGUUGCAGUUGAAGUUGAGAGGGAAAAUGACAUUGUUAUUGAUGACGGUGAUAAUGACAAUAAUAACACUAUUAUCAAAUACAAUCGUAUGAGUACAGAGGCUUGGUUGCAAUUACUUAUCGAAAUGUUUAAGACAACAAAAAAGCAAAAAACAAUUCGUGAACUCGCAACUCUGAUAAAAGAUAGAUAUCCUGUAUUUAAGAAGGCACCUCCUGUUUGGGAAUCUGAUUUUGCUGAAGUUCUGGAAUCUAACCCACAGUUCCAAAAUAUGGGCCGAGAAAGGGAUGCUUUUGUUAAGGAUAUUCGUCUGGAAGAACGUGAAGAGAUUCAUGGAACAUCUUCAACCGAAGAAGAAGAUUGGAGAUCAUUAGGACCACAAAAGUUAAUCUCUUCAAAAAGACGAAGACAUUCGGUUGCUGGUCCAAUAAGACGAAAUUCUAUUUCAAUGCAACGAAAAUCUCGUAAAAAAACCAGAAGUGUUUCUUAUCAAUCUUCUGAAAAACCUAAUUUAAGUGCCGUUACUCCAUCAAAUUACACCUCAUCUCCCAUAUCAGAUCAUAGAACAUUAACAACAAUGGAAGCUCCUAUGACGCCAAAUACACCCAGUUUAUCAUCAAGUCUCCAAAUUGGAUUUGAUCAAACACCAACAAAUAACACGAAAACAAAUGAUGGAUUAUUAAGUCCUGUCACACCUACGCCUCAAACACGUCGAUAUGAAUUUAUCACCGAAACGAUUAGACCGACAUCUCCUACACCUAGACCAAAGCCUCGUACACCAAAAGUAACGCCAUCCCCUCCAAAUCUAACAGUAGCAGAAUCCGACUAUCCGUCGAGAUUUAUAGAUGAGCGAGAAAAUGAUAGGAUAGAGAAUAAUUUAUAUCAAUCUAAUCAAUUUCCUAUAUAUCAACAGCAUCCUUCGCGUUCACCUUCUCAUCCUUCUUCCCAAUCAAAUAGCUUCAUUUCAUUAUCAUCAAUCCCUGUAAUUCCCGACGAACGCGCAGCUAUCGAAGCCUUAACUCUAUUGUGUCGAACUGAAGCAUCACCUUUAUAA